GCAUUAUUUGAUGUAAUACAUGAUGGCAUUACAAGUAUAUUCCUUUACAAAUUUUGAGAUAAAUGCGUAAUUUUUUACUUCAGUGGAGCUCGAAUUCUAUUGGCGUAGAGAAUUUGAUCCACGUUUUAUCCUAUGCGUGGACAUAACAUCGUAAAUGCUAAUAUAAAUAUAGUAAUAAUAUAAAUACAAUAUUGUUUUAAAUUUUACAUAAAAAUAAUUUCAAAUUUAUGUUAUACUUAAAAUAGUUAAUGAACAAUUAAUGAAUAAAUGAAGUGUAUAAAUAGAACUACUUAUAAAAAAUAAUAUCAUCAUGAAAACUACUUCACAGUGUUCUGAACAGAAUGUAUGGUGGUGGAAAAAAAAUUCUUUUUGGGUAAAUGUUGCUCUAGUUAUUCUUUUAUUAUUGAUUUUUUUGGAUUUACCGCUUCUUUGUCAAUCCCAUGAACAUCUACACGAUGAUGAUCAUCACCAUCAUUAUGAUGCGAAUCCAAGUUUUAAAUAUUCAAAAGAAGCUAAUGAAAAUUUAAAGCCACAACAUCAGCAUCAUCAUCAUCACCACCAUCAUCAUCAUCAUGAACCCUCGAAACCAAAAUUAAAUGAAAAAUCAGCAGAACCUAAUAAAGAUGUAUUUUUUAAUGCAAUGACAUCAACUUUAUUGAUAUCAAUAGCUCCAUUUAUUAUUCUAUUUUUUGUUCCUUUGGAUAAUACGAAAGAAAAAGAACCAUUAUUGAAGAUUUUAUUGAGUUUUGCAUCAGGAGGUCUACUUGGAGAUGCCUUUCUUCACUUGAUACCACACGCUUUGACGCCGCAUUCUCAUUCUCAUGAUCACGAUGGACAUGAUGAACAUGAUGAUCAUGAACAUGGACAUAGUCAUGGUCAUGAUAUGUCUGUGGGUUUAUGUGUUCUUCUCGGUAUAAUAAUGUUUUUAAUGGUAGAAAAAGCAAUUCGACUAGUCAAAGGUGGUCAUUCACACUCACACAGUAUCACUGAUACAGUGGAAAAAGACCAAUCGAAAGAAAAGAAGAAAAAUGAAACUGAAGACAAUACAGAAAGUCUGACAGAAAAAAAUGAAAACAAUAAUCAAUCCGAAGAACAAAUAGAGAAUGAAGACAUUAAAAUUGCUGGAUACCUGAAUCUAGCUGCUGACUUUUUACAUAAUUUUACAGAUGGCUUAGCAAUUGGAGCUAGUUAUUUAGCAGGAAAAAAUGUUGGAUAUGUAACAACUUUUACAAUAUUACUCCAUGAAGUCCCCCAUGAAAUUGGAGAUUUUGCUAUUCUCAUUCAAAGUGGAUGCAGCAAGAAAAAAGCAAUAUUAUUACAACUGACAACAGCUGUAGGUGCUUUGUGUGGUACUUAUGUGUCUCUUCUAGCUGAAGGAAUGGGAGAUAUUGCUACACACUGGAUUCUUCCUUUUACUGCUGGGGGAUUUAUUUAUAUUGCAACUGUAUCCGUAAUACCUGAAUUAUUAUCAGAUACUAAAUUCUGGCAAUCAAUAAAAGAAAUAAUUGCAUUGCUAGUUGGAGUGUAUAUGAUGGUACUGAUAGCAGAAUACGAAUAAAUGAAUUUUUUAAAGAACGAUUUAAGUACAUAGAAUGAAAACCAUAAGUUAGAAGAAGUUUCUAUGAAUCGUACUAUGGAAGUUAAUUGUGAUAUAUUUUUUACAGUUUUUGUCCGAUUUUUAGUCUUGAAAUAUUUUUUUCCAGAAUCAAUUAUUUUUUUCGGUUAAUAUUGCAAAAUGAAUCAUGAAUUUGUGGUAUUAUUUUUUUUGUACAUUAUACAUUUUAUUGUGUACAACACAAUUAAACAAAUUAUUAUUUCCUGAAUUAUAACAGUUUAUAAUAUAAUUUAUUAUUCUAUAUACAGUUGCGGAUAAUUUAUAACAU